UGUCCCUGCACCAGUGGUGUCCGUCAUUCGUUUCAGAAGGGACUGCCGUCGUUCUCUCUCCAUCCUGCAGCAUCUAUUUCCCUUGAUUUUAUUUUAAUUUUCCGCACUUGUUUCCCAACUAUUUUCACUAUUUUCAAUUACCCCUCUUAUUCUUCUUAUUAUUCCAAAUUCCUUCGAUCCUUUCCCUGCGCUUUCCUUCUCUUCUAUCUAUCUCCAUGCAUGCGAGCAUGCUUCGUUUGUAAUCAUUUCUCAUCAUAAUUGUCACCGGGCUUAUCCUCUGAUUGGCAGUCGAAUCAUCUUCCGUCGUGUCGUCCCCUACAUUCCCGCCCCGUUUGGUUCGGACCUGCAUCCAUCCCCAGUCGAUAUCCAUAUAUCCCAUGCAUCGGGACUUCCUGCAUAACCAUCUACCCCUGCGCGCAAUGAAAACGCUGCUUCGAUAGUCUGACUCCCGUUGCAUUCCGUUGUUCGCCAUUAUUAUAUGAUUAUCGCCAUCCAUUGCUUGUCCGACAUUACCUUCAAACGCAUCCCAGACGAAAGACCGCGAGGAAGAGAAGAGGAAAGUUGUUCGAAAUAAAACCAAGUCGACGGAGGACUACAUUCCUUUUCAUUUCUUUUUUUCUUUCUCCGAUAUCUACAGUCGCUCGUUAUUGUCUACGCUCGCCACUCUGGCUUUAUCCUGUUCAAUCCUUUCCGGCUUCUAAUCCUUUAAACCUCGGCCAUUGAUUUUCACUUUAAUACGCAACCCCACCGCGCUCCGUCUUUCACUGGUUGCGCCCCUCAAUUAGACCAGGAAGAACCAUGAAUCGAUUUCGUAAGAACAAGAAAGGCAAAAAUGAGGUGGAGGCAGCCGAGACCCCUCAUCUAUUCUCGAGCUCACUGAAAAGUGUCAAGAAGAAAAAGUCUGUGGAAGAUGAGAAACCCUUUCUGGACCUCUCGCACGCUUUGCCCUCCGAUGAUGAUUUCCGGACGAGCUUGAUCAUGCCCAAGCUAUCUGCACGUUUCAGUAUGUUGAGAGAACAGGACGACCCCAGUACGAAGAUCGGUAAAGCAAGUGACGAUAGUGUUCUGUUCCCCAAACGUGCUUCCCGGUUGAACCUCCUGGGCCAGGCUCCAACUUCGCUAGCCGAUAUCGAUGAAGUCUCCACAGAUGGUCGAAGCUCCUUCAACCGCCCACGCGCCGAUUCCUCGAUUUCUGGAUACGGAACGGAUGAUGAUGGCUACCAGGGCAGCAUAAUGAACAGGCCUCGCCGUGGUGAAAGCAACAACCUCUUUGGUGGGCGCCAGAAAGUAUACAAGAUCCCCGUCAAGCAGUCGGGGGCCAACUCCGAAGGACGUUCGGGAAUGGGCGGCCGAGCCCUCUACGAGAACGACCUGACCCUGUCUGCCUUCCAACGCAUACGUCUUGAAGAAAAGAAGGGAAAGCAAGAGAAGAAGGACGAGGAGACGUCCAAGGAGGAAUCUGCCGGCCCGGAGGCCGAAGAAACGGUAUCCAAUAUCUCUGCCAACAGGACUACGUCUUCAUCCACCGCGUCCGGACCCUCCAACUCAUGGCUAUCGACUGCUGCCACAUCAGUAGAUGAACAGACUUCUCCAGUACAGUCGUCAAAUGAGUCGCUUGCCAGCCCCAACAUGGACGGUCAUGGGUCAGGUUCAAAGCCUGUAUCGAGUGGGGGUAUGCUUCGGAACGGUAAUUCUGUCAGGUCUCGCCGUCUCUAUGGCCAGGGAUUGGCCCAAUCCGUCCAGGACCAGCAGUCGUCAACCCUGUAUCGGUUAGAAAGCCUGAGUCGUCAACGUGCCGCGACCCCGGAGUUACAUGGUCUAAACCGGUCCUAUUCACGGAGUGCAACCAACUUGCACGAUAGACUCCACAAAUUCGCCAUCGCCGAGUCCUCUCCCUCGCUUAGACCCUCUAGCCCUUCACCAUCUGCGGCAUCUUCACGACAGCAGAGAAGAGAAAGUGAUCCCAAGGAAACAAAGCAGCAACCGCUCGCCGGAGCUGGGGCCGUUGACGGCAGUUCAGUCCGUCCGUUAAGCCCGCCAGUGAGUGAAAACGAGGACCACAGCACGCAGUUAGCAGCUUCCGUGAACCCCGAAGACCGUGGGAAAGCUACAGCCAUGGGCCUAUUCAACAAGCCUCAGACAUCCUUCGAUGAGUCUCAAUUCAUUCAUCGCCAGCUUCAGAUGCGCCAGAAUGUGCCAACGCCUCCCUUGAGACGGCCUUCGCCCCCCAGUGCAGCUCCUUCACAGGACGGCCCCAGCCGCCCCAGAGGCUUCUCCACCACCAGCAGUUAUCGUUCCAGAGCGGAGUCCGGCGCUUCGUCCCACUACAGUGAUUCACGGCGUGUGGUCAACCGCUCAAACGCCAGCACACGAAAUACCUCCCCUGUUCGACCGGUGAAUGAUACAUUCUUAGCCAAUGACAGCAGCAGUGACUCCGAGGAGGACGAAGACCGUCGUUCAACGAGAGUCUCGUCCACAACAUCGCAUGAACGAGAUAGUACGCGCUCGGCGGUCCGAUCCGCGUCGUCCGCAAAUUCUCCAAUUUCCACGAGGGAGUCAUCCGGUCGCUUACCCGAAGUAAGACUGUCAGAGCUUGCCGAUCUCAAUACUAUAGCGGAAGAUGAGCAAAUUCAGCCUGAUGCCCCUACCAACGAACCACUACCUGAAAAGCCCGAUUCACCCACUUUGGGACCAGCUGGCCUGGGCCUCAGCGGCUUGGUCCGUACCCACCUGCGACAAGAUAGUGAUAAAUCGUUCAUACUUCCCCCACCUUCAUUGAGCUCGCCUCCUUCUUCUAAACAGCGGAACGUUGAGAACCCAAGCUACUCGCCUACCUAUAGGACUCAGACGUCUCGUAUACCGAUGAGCCCGCCAAGGACCGGUUGGAAUCCAAAGUUUGAAAAGGACUUUGCAGUAGAUACGUCAAUCUCAACUCCGGGUAUUCCGCAACAUCUUCUGUGCCAGGAUCCCCCGGACUUCCAGCCUUCACAGAAGUGGACCCCUGGCCAACACCUAAACAAUCGGGAAAUUCAUCCAGUGGCGAGGCCUCCGAACGACGCCAGCGAUGUUGCUGGCAGGGGUUCAUUCGAGGAUGAGAUGAAUAUCGGGCACAGACGUGGCUCAAGCACCGAGACAUAUAGGGAGCGCGAAGAGUUUGCCCGUGAGCUGGCAGAGCGACGGAAGAAGGUGGAGGAGAAGCUGAAGGGGAUCGCUGAAGUUGAAAGUCGAUCGACCAGCCCAGCUCCUGGCUAUCGGUCCUCAUCCGAACACCAUCACCACCACAUAAAACCUGGCAAUGCAUUUUCUGUUUUAAAGAGCAAGCCUUCCAAGAGUUCUCUGCAGGGUAGACCGGAAACAAAGAAAAUGCAUCCUCUUGGUUUUGGAGCCGGUAACGCUUCAACGCCCACUUUGGCCUCAGAGGAUCCUUGGCGCGAGGAGGAGGAAAGACCGCCUUUCGGCUUUGGUAAACAUUCUAACUCAAGCUCUCCACAUAUCGGAUUGCGGUCGAAAAGGUCAAUGAUCAUCGGCGGCAGGAGCAGGGAAGAUUCCCGUGAAAGGGGCCGCGGCCCAUCUCCAAGUCCGCAUCGCCUCCCAUCUGAUGCAUCAGGCCGCUCCAAGAGUCGAUGCCGAGACAGAGAAAAUAUGGGACCGUUCGGGACAGCCGGCUACCACAAUAACACGGAUGUUUUGGCGUCUCCAGAUAAUAGCCAAGACCAAUACAGCAUACCCUCUGUCCCGUCGUCUGCCCGUCCAUCAGUGGAAGUUAACGAUCAAGGAGAUGAGCCUUGCACAUCAGCCGCAUCUGCAAGAUUCGGCGGUGGCAGUCGGCCUGCAGUCGCUUCCAACUAUUUCGAUAACCCGCCUAAUCCGGCUCCGACCGGUAACUCGCCACCCAUUGGUAUCCCGCAUAGGCCUUCCCCGAUCCCCUCAUUCUGUGCCAACACUACUCCUCCUUUGGAAGACCUAUCCUCUGAUGGGACGGCUGCUCCGCCUUCUGCGGGCGUGGGUAGCUCAGCCCCGCAACGGGGACUGACACAGUCUGGCCUUACGAAACGGGCCGUGAACAAGUCACAGAUAUCCGAACCCACCUUUGUUCAUUCUACGUCAAGCGUACCCGUCGUGGGUCUACCCGCGGGAGCAAGCCUUCAUAAUGGUAUGCCACCGCCCGUUCCACCCAUGAACCCACGCAGACGGCGUCAAACCACGACACACACCAUUUUCGGAGCCUUCAAGGGCGAAAAGUCCGAAUCUCGUCAGCAGCCGAUGUUCAACACGGAGUACGUUGAGGACCAUAGUAUAUUCUCAGACGAGGAUAAGAAAAUAAAGGUGAAGGGCCGGCUCAGGAAGAUGUCCAGCGAGGGUGGGAACCUCAAGCAAAAGGCUCGACCGGAAGCCGCAUAUGGUCCAUUCCACCCACCACCUCCUUAUCCUCCUCCAACCUUCCCACGACAACCGCACCAUAUUCAGAUGGAGGGAGGGAUGAUUUAAAAAUAGAUGUACCCUUUUCGGAGCGAAUUCGGAAUAAGAAAUUCGGACGUGACAUGACUAGUGGUUGGCUCUUUGCUAUUGCUAUGUUCUUCCUAGAUGAUACCUUUUGGCUUUCUCUUAUGGAGCAUGUGGCUCGUCCUUUCGACAAUUCUUUUCCUUGGGUGUAUUUUUAUCUUCAUUCCUUCUCGACUUCCAUACUGUCUGUCUCUCCCUAUUCCGUUUUCACUCCUUUCUUCCGCCUUUCCUUCUACAUUUUUGCUUUUCUUUCUGCUUUUGAAAUACUUGGUAUGAGGAUUUUUUAAAGUACGGAUGCCCGGAUUUGAAAAGAGCGGGGAGUGAAAUUUUGGUCAGGAUAUGUGGGAUUAUUACUUUUUUUCUAUAUAUACCUUUUUGAAAAUAGAAUAUACGUUAUUUCUAUUGUUGAUUGUUUUGGUAUGGAAUGCUUCACCUGCCUAUUGCUUCGGACGGAACUGUAAGACUCGACGGAGAGAAGUGACGUGUUUCUCGACA